AUGGCGCAUCCGGGCCCCCUUGAACGCGUUAACCGCCUCGCUGUGGGUGCUCUUACCCUGCCCUUCAGUCUUGUUCACCGUGCAUCGACCGAACCACUUCUUACCGGCACUUUGUUGUUUGCUCUAACCCGAGCACCUAUUCAAUACCGAGCACGCCUCUUGAAGGCAUUGGGCGAUGCCGGACUAUCGCCUGAACGCAUUGCCCUGCUCGUCAAGUCGUUGAAGUACCUCCUUGCUAUCGGCCUUGUCCGUAGGCUCAACCAGACACUGAACAAACUUGCCCUCAACAACUGGCACUUCUUCACCAAACCAGGUGCCCCCUUCCAAUGGGAUAAGCGGACGGAGCUCGUGGUAGUGACUGGAGGAUGUUCCGGCUUCGGGUACGAGAUGGUCAAAGGCUUCUCGAAACAUGCGAGAGUUGUCAUCCUGGAUAUCUCUCCAGUCCCCGAGGAGUUGAGGAAGCUUCCUGGCGUCGACUACUAUCAACUCGACUUGACCGACUUCUCGGCGAUAGAGUCGACAGCGGAGACCAUCCGCAGGGAGCAUGGAGACCCCACGGUCCUCAUCAACAAUGCUGGCAUUGCCAACGGCACCAAAAUUAUUCACAGUGAUGCAAAGUUGACCGACAGGAUCUUCAAAGUCAACAUUGCCAGUCACUUCAUUUUGAUCAAGGAGUUCUUGCCCGGAAUGUUGAGAGCGAAAAAGGGGCACGUUGUGACUAUUGCGUCCAUGGCCAGCUUCUUCGCAGCCCCCGGCCUCGUCGACUAUUGCUGCACAAAGGUUGCGGCACUCUAUCUCAACGAAGGCCUGCGGACGGAGCUUCGUACCUAUCAUGAGAAUGGCAAAUGCAUUCAAACCACCUCGGUCCAUCCGUCCUGGCAUGCAACUGGCAUCGUCAAACCCGUUGCCGCCAAGUUAGAGCAGGCGGGCAUCAGGUGUGAUCCGGCAUCCAACGUGAGCGAUGCCGUCGUGGAACAAGUGUUGGCGGGAAGGAGCGGCCAGAUUUUCAUGCCGAGGACUGAGGAAAGCAAUGCAGGGCUGAGGAACUGGCCUGUGUGGCUGCAAGAUACGAUGCUCCAGCUCCAAAGGAGUUUGAGGAAUGUCGACAUUGCUUGGAAGGAGUAA